AUGACAGCCUUGGGUCAGAACCUGGCGACCAUCCUCAUUGGCCGUUUCUUCGCUGGCCUCUUCGGUGUCGCACCGAUUGCUGUUUUGGGAGGGAUCAUCACCGACUGCUGGAAUGCAGUAUACCGUGGAGUGGCUCUUGCAUUCUGCAUCUGCUUGGUUUUUGCUGGUCCUACUUUCGGUCCUAUUGUCGGCGGCUUUAUCGUUGAAAACACAAGUUGGCGAUGGACAAUGUGGGUUGUUGUUAUAGCUGGUCUCGCUCUUGGGUUUGUGGCCGUGUUCACUUAUCCGGAGAGUUACCCGCCCAAGGUACUCCAGAUUCGAGCCAGGUCUAUACGCCGAAAAAUGGAUAAUCCAAAUAUUGUAUCUCCGCUGGAUCUCGAAGGGCUUUCACUGGAGAAGGUGUUCCAGCUCUAUCUAAUUCGUCCAUGGGUUCUUUUCUUCACCGAGCCUAUACUUGUGUCGUUGACCUUCUAUCAAGCGUUCAUAUAUGGUCUUAUGUAUAUCUGUUACCAAUCAUAUCCGAUCGCGUUCAUGGAAGUGAGAGGAUGGAGCCAAGGUUUUGCAUCCCUUGCUCUGAUUGGAAUAAUUGUUGGUGUGGUCAUGGGAACCGCCACUGUGGUAAUCUACAACCAGCUAUACUUCAAGCGAAAGGUUCAGGCUAACGACGGCAAAUUUGAGCCGGAAGCUCGCCUCCCCCUUAUGAUAUUCGGAGGCUGUCUUGUUCCCACCGGACUCUUCUGGUAUGCGUGGACGUCUGACCCUUCUAUUCCAUGGCCCAGUGAGGUUUGUGCAGGCAUCCUUGUUGGAUGGGGCAUGUAUACAAUCUUCAUCCAGUGUUUUAGCUACAUCAUUGACUGCUAUACCGACAUGGCCAACAGUGCAAUGGCUGCGAACGGUGCGGUGCGAAGCGUUUUUGGGGCGGUUUUUCCUCUCUUUGCAAAUUAUAUGUACCACAAUCUGGGGGUGGACUGGGCCAGCAGCUUGGUCGGCUUCUUGGCCUUGGUUAUGGUUCCUGUGCCGAUCAUCUUCUACUACUAUGGAGCGCGCAUCCGUGCUCGCUCAAAGAAGGCACGUAGUAGUGCGCAGAGCUUGCCGUUUUCCUCCGGAACAACACAAAAUAUCGCCCCCUUCUUGGGAAUUUGUAAUGCGGAAUUCAAUCACUGUGCUUGUUUGUCCGUUCUGUAUCUGCUUUUAGAGCGAUUGCGCAUGAAGUCGCAACUAAUAGCACCCGACGAUUUAAUUCUUAUCCGCGAUUCCUUGGAGAAGCUGACUGCCGUCAUCUACUGUGAAAAGUGUCCGCAGCGCUAUUUCUCUAUCAUUCAGAAUGCGGUAAUCUUAGGUGUGGUCUGUCUGUGUAUUGCGGAAUCCUACGCCAGGGUUUUGGAGGCGAUUGAUAGGGAGGAAGCUCGGGCAUCCAGAACUGGCGAACAAAAACUUGUUAACAUUUUUAUGAUAGCUGGUGGUCUUCUGUCCGGACAGAGUGAUCCGGGGAGUUCUUAUCCUUUCUCUGCGGAAAUGAGUCCGGUUGAAUGGAAGGUCUUGAUGCGAAGACUUGUGAAGGCAGAGGUUCUUGGUAUAGAAGGUCGACGAGAUAAAUGCUUUCUUGCUUUGAUUGAACAAUUGGAUGAGAGGCAGAGACGGUGGCAUGAAACACCUCCCGCGCCAGAUUGUCCUCCUGGCUAUCGCUCGACGUGCCGCUUUCCGGAUCGCAUCCCAACCUGCCUGAAGCUGAUUGAUGAUGCCAGAAAGCUUGUUGAUCUUCUUGAUAUAUAG